AUGGUCAAUAUUGUAAUUAAUAGCGAAACACGACGUUUACCUCUAGUCGUAAUAAUUACCCAAGUAAUCGAAACAGAGCUAGCUCUCACGCUGGCAGCGUUACAGGAGCGAUCUCACCCCAGGAGGGCUCCUCCACCGCUGGCAAUGGGCGCAGUGCCCUCUGCCGGGCUCUCCUCCCGCGCCGGGAGGGGCUCCCCCAGCCAGCAGCAGCAGCUAGGGUGGACAUUUGGAGCAGAAUUUCGACGAUUUUCUCUGGAGAGAUCCAAACCUGGAAAGUUUGAGGAGUUCUAUGGAUUGUUGCAGCAUGUGCACAAGAUACCAAAUGUUGAUGUUCUAGUGGGAUAUACGGAUGUUCAUGGAGACCUGCUGCCUAUCAAUAAUGAUGACAAUUAUCAUAAAGCAGUUUCCACAGCCAAUCCUCUACUCAGGAUUUUCAUUCAGAGAAAAGAAGAUGCAGACUACAGUGCCUUUGGUACGGAUACUAUGACAAGGAAGAAAAAUGUCUUAUCAAAUGUGUUACGUCCGGAUAAUCACAAGAAGAAACCACACAUUGUCAUUAGCAUGCCACAAGACUUCAGACCAGUGUCUUCUAUUAUAGAUGUAGAUAUUCUUCCAGAAACCCAUCGUAGGGUACGACUUUACAAAUACGGAACUGACAAACCUCUUGGAUUCUACAUACGAGAUGGCUCUAGCGUCAGAGUAACGCCACAUGGAUUAGAGAAAGUUCCGGGGAUUUUCAUAUCUAGGCUUGUCCCUGGAGGUCUGGCUCAAAGCACAGGCUUACUGGCUGUCAAUGAUGAAGUACUGGAGGUGAAUGGAAUAGAGGUUUCAGGAAAAAGCCUUGAUCAGGUUACAGACAUGAUGAUUGCAAACAGCCGUAACCUGAUCAUUACAGUAAGACCAGCAAACCAGAGAAAUAACGUUGUGAGGAACAGUCGGACUUCUGGCAGCUCCGGUCAGUCUACUGAAUCUAGCCUUCCAAGUAGCACACCAAAUAUUUUAGCAAAUUUCUUGCAAGGAGAAGAGGAGAGCGAUGAAGAGGACAUUAUUAUUGAAGAUAGUGGUGAGCCACAGCAGAUUCCAAAAGCUGCACCUACCAGCGAAAGCCUAGAAUCGUUGACACAAAUUGAACUCCUUCAUGAGUCAACACAAAAUGGAUUCCUUCCUUCCAGUGAGAUGAACUUGAAUCAUUCAGCUGGCAGCAUUAGCAUGGAAUAUGAAGUACAAGAUCCAGAUCAUAAGUCAUUAGAAGAAGAUGGAACUAUAAUAACGCUAUGAAAUUACAUUGGUGUACUUUCUAUUAAGUAAGGAUGCCAUAUGUGUUUUAAUUUGGCUUAAUAUGUAAUACAUUUUAUACCUCUCCAUCUACCGAGCACUGCAGUUAGAUUAAAAGGAGGGAAAAAAGUAAAUACAAGAAGGUCAAAAUUAUGUAAGUUGACUAACUUCAGUCAGUUCUGCGCUUCAAUGUAAAUACUUCACAAAGAUAGAAAAAAUUGGUAAAUGACUGAAAUUGGGUGAGGAGAAUUUAAAUUGAAAAUGAAGGAUAGCUAAGAGAUGGCUGUGAGCUUUCUUUUAAAGGUACUUGAUUUUUUUUAAUGCAGAAUACUACUGGUUCUACAGAAGUAAACUUCCAUUAUUGUGUGAGGUUGACUAUCUAAUGUACUGUGGUUUCGUGUUUAUCUGAAGUGCUGCUUAUGUAUGAUGGGGCUGCUUUAGCCACUUCAUUCCUGUUCUGGACUGCUGUUUAGUUGGUAGAGCUGUUUGUGUGGCUCUGUGUAUGAGGAAACUGAAAAAUAAGUGGGAAGUGGGAUGGGAAGAGUUGUUCUUGGUUGGUCUAGUUCCCUGACUGACACACUGAGCAACAGGGAUAUUGAUAGUGGCCAGCAACUUGACAACAGUCAGGAUUUGAAGGUGGGGGCUUCUGAAGUUGACUGUUCCUUUGUAAGUGAAUGUGCAACCACGGGCACAUUAGUCAUGCACCUUUACCGUUUUUAACGGCCAGGUAAGCUUACUUUUAAUGACUAUGAUUUUGAAAUUCAAAUGUGAAAGUCUUAACACUUACGUAUCAAAGACCUGUUCUCAUUUUAGUUUGCAGUAUUUAAGGAUAUCACUGGAUUUAGUUGCUAAUCCCAGUAAAUUUCAAAGAAAUAAAAUGUAAACUUAAUGCUAUGGAAAUAACAAUCUAUGUUAAAAUUGCAGUCCUAGUAGAAGCUGUAAAGAUUUCUACUAGGAAGGGUUUGUAGUGAGUCUGAAUUAUGUAAAAAGUGACUUUCUUCAAACCUAAACAAGUUAGAACAGCUUAAAUUAAAUCCCUGGAUUAAAAAAAAAGUUUUAAGUUAGAAUGAGGCUUUAAUAGAACUUCCUUGAGCCACGUGAUAUUAAAUUGUUCAUUAUAAUGAACUAAACUGUAAAUGCUGAUCUUUCUGUGUGCCACUGGCCGGGUGUGUUGAAUAUUACAAAGUUGCUAUAUGUGAAACAAAAUACUGGUGACAAGUCCUGAUACUGCAAGUGUGUAAGUAUGUGUGUAAUCAGACUUACUAGUAGUAUUGCAGGGAGAGGGUGCUAGCAUUCUUUUUGUCCUUUCCUCUUCUAGUAUCUCGUGCUUUACUACUUUGGCACUCAGUUCCCAACCCGACCCUUCUCUGGGAACAUAAGUUGUGGUAGGAAAAUGAGACGGGUACUAAUAGGGCUGGGGAGAAGGAUGGAUGGAGCUUCUCACCAGGGAUCCAGCAGUCUAUGUCAACCUCUAAGAAAGAAGUAGGGUGCUACCAGUUCUGUACUGUGGUACUGUGAUUACCAGAGCCAGUAGUCUAGGUUCUUGGAAGCAUGUUCUACCUUGUGGGGAGAUAUGAGCGGGAAAGGAGACUAACCCCUUUUUUUUUUUCCCUCAGUCUAUCUUGGGGAAACAUCUACCUCUGGUAAUUUUACUAACAAGAGACUAACUGUAAGUUUAACGUUAAGACAUCUGUAAAAGUCUUUAUAGGAUAUCAGAGGCUAAAACUAUCUUUUAAGAUUUUUGUAAUGAUGUAAACAAAAUUGCUUCAGUUAUUACUGCGGUUUAAUUUUACAAAAUGCAAAUUUUAAAUUCAUCUCAUGAGCAGUAGUAUAUUUGAGCCUUCAAUACCAUUGGAGUUCAAGCCUCAUAGAUGUCAAGAAAGAUUGUAUUCAUGCCCUUUUUUAUAGAUGGAGAGUUGGUGUAACAGACAAUGGCACUCUGCAAAUAGAGGUUAGAGUUCUGCUUUGCUGGAUUUAUUUAUGGUUUCUUCAGUGUGCAUAUGGAGAGGCCCUGGAAUCUUUUCCAACAUGAGCAGGAAUUUUGAAGUGUUUUACUUAUUUUGCUAAUAAUUAUUAAAAAUGAAGUAACUGCAUCCACU